AUGUCUACUACAAAGGAUAUCACCCCUGUUUCAAAUGACAGUUCAAGUAACAAAAAUAUAAUUUCUGAUACCAACCAAACCUCCAACGAAUAUAGAAAAUCCCAUAGAUUACCUUUAUGGGUUUUAGGUCCAAGAGAUGAACAAGAAGCUAGAACCAAUUUAAAAAAAAUGGCAUAUGAGAAAUGUGAUAUUUUUAUCAAAGCUAUGGCUGACUGUGCUAAGCAGAAUGGUAUCAAAGUGUUUCCUGAAUGCAAUCCACAAAAGGAAAAAAUGGCAGAAUGUGUGUUGUUCUAUCAAACAGACGAGUACUUGGACGAGCAACGUGAUUUAAUGGUACAAAAAAAGAUCAAAAUUAUGGAAGAUCGUUUGAAAAAAUGA